AUGCCUCUCUCGGAAUCUCCGCCUUACAUGUAUGCCGCUCUUGGCAUCUCCACCUUAAUUGUAUGCCGCUCUCGGCAAGAACUCUUGUCUACAUACUUCCAGCCGCUCUCGGGUCUAUACACAGAGUCAGCCACCAAUGCCUCGGGACCGUAG